GGGGGGAGGGGGGAAGAAGGCACAUGUGCUUUGCAGCCUUCCCCUCCCCUCCCCCCAGCACUCACCUGGAGGAGACACCGAGGGGGCUUCCGGUCCGGUGGGAGACAGGAAUCUCUGCAGUGGACCUCACUCACCUUAGCAGCUGCUGGGUCUUUGGUGGCUGAGGAAUCACAUCCAGAUUUCACUAAAGAUCGUCCCUUCUUCCAGGUGACAGGGAAGGGAAAUGGCUGUGAUGGAGUCAACUCAGUUGCCGGUGACCUUCGAGGAGGUGGCUGUGUAUUUCACCCAGGGGCAGGGAGCUCUGCUGGACCCCAGUCAGAGAGCCCUCUACAGGGACGUCAUGCAGGAGAACUAUGAGAUGGUGACCUCGCUGGGAUUUCCCAUUCCCAAACCUGAACUGAUCUCCCACCUGGAACGAGGGGAAGAACUGUGGGUCCCGGAUCUCCAGGUCUGUGAGGAAAGAGAGAUCCUGAGAGGCAAUCGCACAGCAGGUGAUGAGACAGUAGAUGAGAAGAAGGAGGGGAAUCAUCAUGAGGAAGUUCCUAGGGAAGUGGAACCACAGGGGACCUUUGUGGGAAGAGCUGAAGGGAGUUUAUCCCAGUGCUUGGAAGAGGGAGAAGACUGGGGAAAUUGGCACAAGUCAGAGAGGCGACUGAAAAACCACCGAAAGAAGAAAGUGGAUGAAUAUAUUAUAUGUGCAGGAGGAGACAAGGAUCCCACAGCCCAACAGACCAAUCCUAAGGAAGAGAAACCCUAUCAGUGCCUCGAAUGUGUAAAAGGGUUCAUUUUCAGAUCACAGCUUGUGACACGUCAGACAAUCCAUACUGGAGGGAAACCCCUUCAAUUCUUAGCCCAUGGGGAAAGCUUCAAUAACUGCUCAGAUCUUAAUAACCAUGGGAAAAGCCACAUGGGAGAGAAACCCUAUCAAUUCCUCGAAUGUGGAAACUGUUUGAAUUGGAAGUCAGAAUUAAUUACACAUCAGAAAAUCCAGACAAGGGAGAGACCCCAUAAGUGCUUGGAUUGUGGAAAAAGUUUCAUAGAGAGGUCACACCUUAUUGAACAUAAAGCAAUCCACACAGGAGAGAGACCCCACAAGUGCUUGGACUGUGGGAAAAGUUUCAUACGGAGGUCAAACCUUAUUAGACAUCAGGCAAUCCACACAGGAGAGAGACCACAUAAUUGCUUAGACUGUGGGAAAAGUUUCUUUGACAGAUUUGCCCUUUCUAAACAUCAGGCAAUCCACACAGGAGAGAGACCCCACAAGUGCUUGGACUGUGGAAAAAAUUUCAUAUGGAGGUCAAACCUUGUUAAACAUCAGGCAAUCCACACAGGAGAGAGACCCCACAAGUGCUUGGACUGUGGGAAAACUUUCACACAGAGGUCAAGCCUUGUUAAACAUCAGGCAAUCCACACAGGAGAGAGACCCCAUAAGUGCUUGGACUGUGGGAAAAGUUUCAUAGAGAGGUCACACCUUAUUAAACAUAAAGCAAUCCACACAGGAGAGAGACCACAUAAUUGCUUAGACUGUGGGAAAAGUUUCUUUGACAGAUUUGCCCUUUCUAAACAUCAGGCAAUCCACACAGGAGAGAGACCCCACAAGUGCUUGGACUGUGGAAAAAAUUUCAUAUGGAGGUCAAACCUUGUUAAACAUCAGGCAAUCCACACAGGAGAGAGACCCCACAAGUGCUUGGACUGUGGGAAAACUUUCACACAGAGGUCAAGCCUUGUUAAACAUCAGGCAAUCCACACAGGAGAGAGACCCCAUAAGUGCUUGGACUGUGGGAAAAGUUUCAUAGAGAGGUCACACCUUAUUAAACAUAAAGCAAUCCACACAGGAGAGAGACCCCACAAGUGCUUGGACUGUGGGAAAAGUUUCAUACAGAGGUCAAACCUUAUUAGACAUCAGGCAAUCCACACAGGAGAGAGACCACAUAAUUGCUUAGACUGUGGGAAAAGUUUCUUUGACAGAUCAUCCCUUUCUAAACAUCAGGCAAUCCACACAGGAGAGAGACCCCACAAGUGCUUGGACUGUGGAAAAAAUUUCAUAUGGAGGUCACACCUUGUUCAACAUCAGGCAAUCCACACAGGAGAGAGACCCCACAAGUGCUUGGACUGUGGGAAAAGUUUCAUAGGGAGGUCACAACUUAUUAAACAUGAAGCAAUCCACACAGGAGAGAGACCCCACAAGUGCUUGGACUGUGGGAAAAGUUUCAUACAGAGGUCACACCUUAUUAGACAUCAGGCAAUCCACACAGGAGAGAAAUCCCACAAGUGCUUAGACUGUGGGGAAAGUUUCAGGAACAGAUCAGCCCUUUCUAAACAUCAAGCAAUCCACACAGGAGCUAAACUUCUGUGACACUGAGAGAGAAAGGGUUAAGCAACUUGCAUGUAAUAGAUCCAGUUCAACCUUUAGAGACAUGUUAAAAAAGUGUGUCCAUGUUAGAUAAGUUUACAUUUCAAAGCUCAAACUUAUGUUAAAGACCUGGAAGAAGAUGGUAACUGUAGUAGGCUAUAAAAAGCUACAAAGAGUCCUAUGGCACCUUAUAGACUAACAGAUGUAUUGGAGCAUAAGCUUUUGUGGGUGAAUACCCACUUUGUCAGAUGCAUGUGGUGGAAAUUUCUAGAGGCAGGUAUAAAUAUGUGGGCAAGAAUCUGCCUAGAGAUAAUGAGGUUAGUUCAAUCAGGGAGGAUGAGGCCAUCUUCUAGCAGUUGAGGUGUGAACACCAAGGGAGGAGAAACUGCUUUUGUAGUUGCCUAGUCAUUCACAGUCUUUGUUUAAUCCUGAGCUCAUUGUGUCAAAUUUGCAAAUGAACUGAAGUUCAGCAGUUUCUCUUUGGAGUCUGGUCCUGAAGUUUUUUUGCUGCAGGAUUCCUUUUAAAUUUGCUAUUGUGUGUCCAGGGAGGUUGAAGUGUUCUCCUAUAUGUUUUUGUAUAUUGCCAUUCCUAAUAUCUGACUUGUGUCCAUUUAUUCUUUUACGUAGGGAUUCUCCAGUUUGGCCGAUGUACAUAGCAGAGGGGCAUUGCUGGCACACGACGGUGUAUGUUACAUUGGUGAACGUACAAGUGAAUGAACCGGAGAUGUUGUGGCUGAUCUGGUUAGGUCCUGUGAAAGUGAAAUGAAUUAUAUUAAAGAAAUAGAAUGAAUUAAAGAAUGCUGUAUGUACCUUUAAGUAGAAAUGAGAAAUGCUGCAAGCCAGGGGGGCAGAAAAGCAGACAUUAACUGCUUAACUUGCCACUUAAGGGCAAUUGGUGAAGCAUUAGUCUUAGAUCGAUAAGAGUUAACAAGGAAGUAGGAUAUGCAUAUUGUGCUCCAUGCAUAUUGUGCUCCAUGCAUAUUUUACAAUUUUGCUCUCUCUGUCCCUUUGUUUAGUUCGCACCCUUUUAUCUGUAUAAAUAAGACUGUUUGAAUCUUGCAUGGAGGCUCACAUUAUCUGAAUGUAUUAGCAGAGCGCUGUGCUAAUAAAACAGAGUGGUCUGACAAACUGAGUCCUGAGUCUAACUUUGACAAUUUGGAGGUUCCACCGAGAUGGCAACCGUCUUCACUGGGGCUGUGUGAUUCCUGACUGUUUUUGUAGGACGACCGUGGUAGCCGGCACCUGGGCAUUUGGCCCGAGCGGUCCUCCUCCUGAACGGAAGGGCGCACGACCACAGUGAGGUCUACGCCAUUGAACCUGUUGGUUCCCACUCUGUUCUGGUACGGAUCCCAGGAUCUGACAUCAGGAAUCUGGUCAGGUAAUUAUUUCUGUGUUUUGUCCGGACUGAGGACUGUCCUGUCUCUGUGUCUAUCUGUCCUCCUGUGGAGUGUUUGAGUCUGGGUGCCAUCUCCGUCCGGGGAUCGGCCGACCAAGGGGUUCCUGUCCCCGAAGUCUGAGUGAGUGAAAUCUGAACAAUCGCAGCCGCACCACACCUUGGGUAAAACCCUUGGUGUGAAAGCAAGGGCGACUGAGUCAGUAGCCUGUGGGCUCCUUUUGUGUGUUGCACCGGGCAUCGCCCUGAUGAACCCGAAUUUCCUUCUUGUGUGAUUGGUGUGUGUAAAGUCCUCCUGUAUUGGUAACCAGACGUCUAAGUCGGGACAGUUCCCUAAAGGAACGCCGGCUCAGUUUUAGGAAGGGUCCGGACUCCUGUAAAUUUCUGGAAAAAUGGUCUAGGCUAACUCAGGGAGAUCCCAAAACUCAGUGGCCACUGUUAAAACCUUGGAACAAGGACCGAGUGGACAUCUUAAAAAAACAAACUCGGCCAGCCUAAAACUAAAUUGGCUAAAGGAGAGGUUAAUUGUUUCAUGCAGUGGUGGGAAGAGGCAAAUCGUAGGUGGACAAAAUCAAAACUCGCCUCUCUCAAAUAUUCAAAUAAUAAAUUAAAAGCUUUAUUAAAAGAGUCCUCUCCCACCACCAGACUGAGCGCUCCCCUUCACCCUGUUCUCUGACAAAAAAAAACAACAACAACCCCGGAUCGAUCCCAACUCCCUUCAUACUCCCCUCUUUGUAAAAAGGAUAAAAUGCCCCUUGUUCUGUUCCCCUUCGUUGUCUGCCUCAGAAACUGAUUCUUUAGUGUUCCAUUACCAAUUCAGCAAGGAGGGUGGGCUCCUCAACUAGCCCCCACCCUUCCUGGGCCCUUUCCUUAAGCAUUUCUUUCAAAAUUGUGAAAUGACCACAAUAUCACUCACAAAAACGGUUCAUUGGAAAAAGCGGGAUUGGGCCCAGACAAGCAACAGAUAAAGAAACUAAAAAAAACAAACAGGUUGGAAGCCCUAAGGGCACAGUGUCAGGAGUAAGUGCAAGUAUGAACCCCUGGAACAAUAUUUAAAAUGGUGAAAUCUGAGUGGAUAACGGUGUCAUUUUGGGAAAUAAACAAGUGAUUUAAGGAAAGAGAGUGAAAAGUUAACCCUACAGAGGCUGGAGAGAAUUAAACAGUUAAACUUUGUGAUCUAAUUAAAAUCAUUUGAUUAUGGACAAUUGAGUCAAAUUUGCUAAAAGAACAUGGGGGGGGGGGUUCUAUUGGAACUUAACUGCCCCAAAUGUAUAAAGGGAAUGUAAUCUAUGUAAAAACAAAGCAGUGUAAGAGGGAUGUUAAGGGAGAGAAAAUGUGUAUGUAUCCGUCUGUCUGUGGGAAUAUGUGAGGUUUGUAAAACUCCUGUUUUGUAAGUUUAAGAUCAAUUGGUUUUGUUUUGUUUAUAGUGCAACUAAAAAUCCAUUUGACUCUUUUAAUUCAAAGUUGCAAAACUGACAGACCUUUUUGCCAGACACAGGUAAUCAGAGUUGGUUGACUUUGAGAUUUGGUAUUUAACCCUUAAGGGGUAACUUGAUUCUUUACAAAAUUUAAAUGUUUUCAAAUAAAGACCAAGUCAUGACUGCAGCAGGACAGUCAAAAUCAGAAAAAUAGGGAGAGAUUCUGGAUUCUGUUUGUUUGUUUUUGUAACAAAAUAGCAAAUGAAAGCUGUAGGAAAAGAAUAAAGACAGUGGCCCUCUGAAGCAACAGCAGGGGUGAGGUGCACAAAACAAAAAGAAGCAAUGUUAGAAACACUGAGCCUUAAAAUGGCUCUGUGUAAUCACAUCAGCCAUACCAUCAGGGGCUCGUUCACCUGCACAUCUACCAAUGUGAUCUAUGCCAUCAUGUGCCAGCAAUGCCCCUCUGCCAUGUACAUUGGCCAAACCGGACAGUCUCUACGCAAAAGAAUUAAUGGACACAAAUCUGACAUCAGGAAUCAAAAUACUCAAAAACCAGUGGGAGAACACUUUAACCUGUCUGGUCAUUCAGUGACAGACCUGCGGGUGGCUAUAUUACAACAGAAAAACUUCAAAAACAGUCUCCAAAGAGAGACUGCAGAGCUAGAAUUGAUAUGCAAACUAGACACAAUCAACUCCGGUUUGAAUAAGGACUGGGAAUGGCUGAGCCAUUACAAACGUUGACUAUCUCCCCUUGUAAGUACUCUCACACUUCUUAUCACACUGUCUGUACUCGGCUAGCUUGAUUAUCACUUCAAAAGUUUUUUUUU